UGGGGCAGGGCAGGUGGAACGCCGCGGCGCAGGAAGCCCUAAUUUUUGUUCCCACCGAAAAUCAAUCACUCCUUGUCUUUUUUUUAGUUUCUUCGUCAACCAUCUCCAAACGUACCACGGACUUUGCUCUUCAACCCACGAGCACUCACCCAAAGUCAAGAUGCCCCCCAAGUCUGGCAAGAAGGUCGCCCCCGCCCCGUUCCCUCAGGGAAAGGCUGGCAAGAAGGCCCCUAAGAACCCUCUCAUCGAGAGACGACCCCGAAACUACGGUAUCGGCCAGGACAUCCAGCCCAAGCGCAAUGUCUCCCGCAUGGUGAAGUGGCCCGAGUAUGUCCGCCUCCAGCGACAGAAGAAGAUCCUUCAGAUGCGCCUGAAGGUUCCCCCGGCUUUGUCCCAGUUCCAGCACGUCCUCGACCGCAACACCGCCGCCCAGGCUUUCAAGCUCCUCAACAAGUACCGCCCUGAGACCAAGGCCGAGAAGAAGGAGCGUCUCCUCCAGGAGGCUACCGCCGUCAAGGAGGGCAAGAAGAAGGAGGAUGUCUCCAAGAAGCCCUACACCGUCAAGUACGGUCUUAACCACGUUGUCGGUCUGAUCGAGAACAAGAAGGCUUCUCUCGUCCUCAUCCCCAACGAUGUCGAGCCCAUUGAGCUCGUCGUCUUCCUUCCCUCUCUCUGCAAGAAGAUGGGUGUCCCCUACGCCAUUGUGAAGGGCAAGGCCCGUCUCGGCACGGUCGUCCACAAGAAGACCGCCGCUGUCCUCGCCGUCACCGAGGUCCGCGCUGAGGACAAGACUGAGCUCUCCAAGCUCGUCUCUGCCAUCAAGGAUGGUUACAUGGAGUCCCACGACCAGGCUCGCCGACAGUGGGGUGGUGGUAUCAUGGGCCCCAAGGCCGUGAAGCGAAUUGAGAAGAAGCAGAAGGCUCUGGAGGCUGCUACCAAGAUCUAAGCUGUCUAAUACCCCACAAUGCAUUGCGAUUAAGGGAUCAACGGUGUUGCACGGUUCAGGGCAUGGAAAAUGAAUGAUUUUUCUUGGGUUACAUUUUAUCCCGUCCCCCAUCGCAGUGACCUGUGGGGCCUGGGUUCGACCCUUCCACAAUAGAUGAUGAGCUUGUCUUGAAGUCAGACUUGAAAUGUGAACAUGACCUUACAAUGCCUGUG